CGAGGAUGGAGAAGACGAAGGCCUUAGGAGCCGGGGAGCAAGCUACAAGCGUACGCGCCGAUUCAGAGGGAAGAAAGACUUGGGGGACAGUGGUGGUGCAACGUCGAGGACAUCUGGACGGGAGAGUGGAAGGGCGGCUGCCGAAUAUGGGUCAAGGUCGUACGAGACGAGUGAAGAAGCGAGGUUUGCGAGCAGCAGACUGCGCGCGCUACCGCAGAAUACAUAGCUUUUGGCAAGAGCAGAAUGAAUCUCAAUAUAGUGACAGGCGCCCGGGGCGCUCCCAGGCGCCUGGCGCGCCUCAAGGGCGGCGCCAAGACCUCGGGGCCCGAGUUCGAGUUCAAGCUGGCGGGGCUGGUGGCUCUGCGCGCCCGCCGCCGCGGCCUGCGCUUCGAGCUCUUCAGCAACGCGGGCGCCGCGCGGCCCUGCGACGAUCUGCUCCUGCGCCUGCUGGGGCCGCGCCCCGCCCUCUACUUCGUGCAACUCAAGCACUCGCAGGGCCAGCAGGCGGUGGGCACGCAGGCGCUCGUUGCGAAGAGCGGCGAUUUCAGCCUGAGCAAAUACUUCGAGUUCUUCGAGAAGCUGCGCGGGUUGCACGCGCAGCGCGACGCCUUGACGAGCAGCGACGCCCUGUGGCUGACGGAGGGUGACCUGGCGGACGCGCGCUUCCUGCUCUUCACGACCAAGGCCGUGCAGCGGACGGCGCGCGGCGGCGCGGGCGCGGGCGCGGGCGCGGGCGGAGCCGCCGACGACCUCUUCCUCACGGGCGCCGGCGGCUCCGCGGACGUCUUCUGCUUCGACGCGGCCGACCAACAGGUGUGGGACCUUUUCUCCGGCAACGUCAAUCGUGAGGAGAUUUAUCGCAACGAGUUCCUCCCGCGUUUGCAAGUCUUCCACUGCCAGAGCCACGCAGACGAUCUGGACGGGCUGAUCCUGGCGGAGAUCCAGCUGCUGUUCGGCGGGGACCUCCCCGCCAAGCGCGCCAACACCUUCCUCGACGAUUACCUGCGCUUCCUCAAGAGCUGGUCGCAGGACGACUCGCAGGACUACUGCCUCACCGAGGCCACGCCGCAGCUGCUGAUGGAGUGCGCCCUGGCGGCCGAGCUGCGGGCGGCGGCGGCGCAGGCGGCGCGCGGGCUG